AUGUCUAUCAUUCCAUUGACUUUCCGAGACUGGUGGGAUGACAACUUGGAUACCCCUCUUCGAACGUCUCGCCUGCUGGAUCAACAUUUUGGCCAUGGAUUGGCUACCGAUGAUCUGGUCGCCGCUUUAACCACGCACCAUGCCCGAAGAAGGCAACAUGGCUACAAUCGACCGUGGCAUCUAUCGCAUGCCGUGUCCCGUCCGGACUCCGGAUCCAUGGUCAAAGUAGCCGACGACAAGUUCCAGAUCAAUCUGGACGUGCAACAGUUCGCACCGGAGGAAAUCUCGGUAAGUGUCGACCAGCGGUCCGUUACCGUUGAAGGAAAACACGAGGAAAAGCAGGACGAGCAUGGCUACAUCUCGAGACACUUCGUACGACGCUACGUGCUCCCGGCAGAUCAUGAUGCGGACCAGGUUGUGUCAUCGCUAUCGUCGGAUGGAAUCCUGACGGUCACGGCAGCGAAGAAGGCCCUUCCCGAGCCCAAAGGUCCGAGGGCAAUCAAAAUCGUUCAAACCGGAAAACCCUUGGAAGCACUGACUGAGAAGGCUAGCACUGGACACAAGUAA